CAGCGAGUUCUCGCGAUGUUUGGCCCGGCGAAGGGUAGCCAUUUUGGAGUCCGCCCGGAGGCUGGUUGCCCCGGCGGCGCCUGCCAUCCUGCUGCCGGGACCAAGGCUGGUGGCCCCGCGGCUGUCAGGCCCAUGGGUGGCCGGACCGACACGAUGUGGCGGCUCCGCUGCAAAGCCAAGGACGGCACCUAUGUCUUGCAGGAGUUGUCCAGCCGGACCCGGCUGCGGGAGCUCCAGGGCCAAAUCGCUGCCAUCACGGGGAUCGCCCCCGACUGUCAGCGGAUCCUCGUGGGAUACCCGCCCGAGUGCCUGGACCUCAGCAAUGGGGAUACCAUGCUGGGGGAUUUGCCCAUCCAGUCAGGCGACAUGCUGAUCGUUGAAGAAGACCAAGCCAGGCCCCAUGCCUCCCCUGCAUUUACCAGACACGGUGCUCCUGGUUAUGGCAGAGAAGCUGUGCCCGUGCUCACCAGGACCAUGGUCCCAGCAGACAACUCUUGCCUCUUUACCAGCGUGUACUAUGUGGUGGAAGGAGGGGUCUUGAACCCAGCUUGCGCCCCCGAGAUGAGACGCCUCAUAGCACGAAUCGUAGCAAGUGAUCCAGAUUUCUACAGCGAAGCCAUCCUGGGCAAAACAAAUCAAGAGUACUGUGAAUGGAUCAAAAGGGAUGACACUUGGGGAGGAGCUAUUGAAAUAUCCAUUCUGUCUAAAUUUUACCAAUGCGAAAUCUGUGUGGUGGAUACCCAGACAGUGAGGAUUGACCGUUUUGGGGAAGACGCAGGAUACUCCAAAAGGGUCCUGCUUAUUUAUGACGGUGUCCACUAUGACCCGCUCCAACGUAACUUCCCUGACCCGGACACCCCUCCUCUGACCAUCUUCUCCUCGAAUGAUGAUAUUGUCCUGGUACAAGCACUGGAAUUAGCAGAUGAAGCUAAAAGAAAGAGACAGUUUACCGAUGUCAACCGCUUCACCCUGAGAUGCAUGAUAUGUCAAAAGGGAUUAACUGGACAAGCAGAAGCAAGAGAACAUGCCAAGGAGACGGGCCAUACCAACUUCGGAGAAGUGUGAUCUAUGCAUGAUGAGGACUGAAGCCUACUACCUCACAGAUCCAGAAGGUUCUGGGUUUUCCAAUAAGCUAUUUGUAACCUUAAAAAACCAAGGACACACAAUGCUUGAAUCAUCCUUUUAACUUAAAACCACAAAGGCACUGAAAUUCCUUGUUAAGAUUAAAAUUAGUGUGCAAGUUUA